UUAAAUGUUUGUUGAUUUUAGGUCAUCUUAGUGAAUUCAACUGUUAAACUUUAUUGAACACAGAUCAUUUGAAAGAGCUAUAAAAGCUAAAUGAUUUGAAAGUUCAUCUGCCUCAUAUCUCACUUAUAGUUCCUCUUCUUUCAGGUUCCAACUCUCAUUCUCGGACCUUUUCUACUUCAUUUGGCGACACCAUGGAGAUUGCUGACAACUUUGACCAACUUGAGAGUCAACAGGAUGAAGACUCAUCAUUUUCAGACAACUCCGUAAGCUUGUUGCGCGACCUCCCCUCCCGGGAAAACAUUGGUGAUGUGGAGGAAUUCAUCACAACAGAUUCACAUUCAAAAGCUGGGGAUACUGAGAUGAAAAAUGAAAUGGAGAUGAAGAUAAAUCAGCUCCAGCUGGCAGCAAAUUUCAACGGGCAUUUCAAAAUCCCCAGCCAAAAGAUGCUCCACAAGAGAAACGAGAAAGGAGAGAGUCUUCUUCACAAAGCAUGCCAGAGAAAAGACUUAGUUCAAGUCAGAGCGCUAAUUCAGGCUGGGAUCAGUGUCAACGUGGAGGAUAAUGCAGGCUGGACUGCUCUACAUGAGGCCUGUAUUGCGGGGAAUGAGGCUGUGGUGGAGGAGCUGUUGAAGGCUGGGGCCCAUGUGGACGCCAGGAGCUCUGAGGGAGUGACACCCCUCCAUGAUGCAGUCGUCUCUGAACAUUAUCAGAACGGCUGUGAUCCAAGUGACAGAAAUGUUGGAGGUGAAACUGCUUUAGACAUGGCAGAGGGUGAUAUCAAAGAGCUACUCUUGGCUUUCCAAGCAUCUGCUGCAACACAAGACAAGUCUCAGAAAGCAGUGAAACAAAGCAGACCAGCAGGUACCAUAUCUACAGAUGGAGGACAAGCUCAAGAACUCCCUGAUAGUCAGCUGAGAAAGGAAAACACCUUAACGAAUAAAGUGAGUCAUUUAUCCGCCAUAACAACGGUUUUGACAGAGGUUAGGAGGAAACAAGCAGAAAUGACAACUUGGCCUUUGACCAAUUUGGAAGACAAAGGGAGAUAUCGUGCUGCUCUGACGCACAUCCAGAGUGUCCUGAUUGACGUGCUCCACAAACAGCAACUGGAGAAGAAAAGUCUUGUCAAAAGAUUCAAGAGAGUGCCCGUCGCCUUUCGCGAGCAUGUUCUGAAAAGUCAGGUCCUUUCAUUAUUGUCAUGUCAGAAGAACCUGAUGGAAAUCCUCCAGAAACAAGUGCAUUUAGAAGAAGUGUGUGUCCCCUGGAAGGACAGAUCUUUACCUCAGCCUUCAAAUAAGAGAUGCAGCGUUGUACCGAGACAGCAACCAGAUCUUUGGUCCUCACUAGUGUCUGCACCAGCAUCAUAUAAACCUGGAGAAAAACGCAGACACCGUCAAGAUGGAAAAAAGAAUCGAAGCAACCCAGUUACGCAACCCAGAUUGCUAAGAUCUUUGCUAACCUGCCCUGAUCUGCAGAAUAACAAAACCAGCAGCUGCCUCAGUGCCCCGCAACCAGAAAAAACUGUGCAACAGGCCAGUUUCAAUAUGAAAGACAGUGAUUUACUGAUACAGAAAAGGGGUGAAGAAGACAGCAGAUAUCUCCAUCGGCUUGUACGGGGGGGAAUCGUGGCGCCUGGAAGUGCUUUACAGCUUCUUUUGAAGGGUAAGCAGCACAUUGGUCAUGUACAUGCAGAUGGCUCCAUAAUGACUAAAGGCAAGCAGCACCAGAGUCCAGAAUCCUGGCUGAAGUCUAUCCUUGGUAAAAACAUCCCUGUCAGCUCAGCAUAUGCCAUGGACAAGAUUACUGUCGGGGACAAACCUUUGUCUUACUACAAAAUGAGCUUGGAGGCCAAAGAAAACCCAUCACAGAUACUUUUUGAAGACAGUGUAUGUUUCACUCGUGGUGAUGCUGAUGCUUCUCAUGAGGAGUUGAUUCCAGAUGCAUUGGAUCCAAAUAAUCUUUUGAAGAGAAUCAAGAUAGUUCAUUUGGUGAAUGAUGACGAGCUGCUGCCCAGUGCCAUAAUAGAACACUACUGGGACAAGCUCUUAAAGCAAGACCCCUCAGAGUUUGACGACUGGAACAGUGAAUUAUAAUUCUACCGAAAAUGUUAUUUGGUGGGAAAAACUAAUCUAGUUGGGUUUUGAUAGUCAAAAGGUCUGAGUUUUUUUUUUUCUCAUGUUGAUCGUAGCUUUCUGAAACAUUGAAAAAACUUUAGAGGCUGUAGUAUUAAAUUAUAUAGAAACCGAUUUUUGCUCAAUGUACAUACUUUUUCAUUUGUACAGUCAUCUGAUUUGUAAUGGUUGUGUUUCCAUUAUGUUACAAAUGGUGUUCAAAUACCGGUUACAAGUAUUCUUGUUGAUAUUUCUUAGGUUAUAUAAAUUGUAGUUUUGCCAUAUUCGGGUGAGGACUUCUAACAUUCUGGUGCUAAAAGUGAAGCCAUCUUUGGGGUAGCUCUAUAUUUCACUGCUUUGGCCUACAUGAGCACGGUUGAGUAUUUAUUUGUCAUCUAUUAAGUGUAGUGAAGGAGCUGUACUAUAGUAAAAAAAAUCUAAUUUAUUUGUUAAAAGUUCAUCUUGAACCCUAACUCUACACUGCCUUGUUUUGCAAUCAGACUGUGAUAUAACGAAAACAGACUUUUUAUUCUUCUUGUCAAGAAUCAAGCUCCAGUCUUCCUUUGAACUAUCCGUCCAUCCAUCCAUCCAUCCAUCCAUCCAUUGUCUAUACCACUUAUUCCCUACCGGAGCCUGAAGCCUAUCCCAGCAGACAACGGGCGAGAUCCUUGGAACCAAUUGGUGAUGAAUGAACGCAUAUGAAAGAGAAUACAGUCAGCAGGCUUAGAUGAUUAUUUAUUCAAAGUUUUUUAUUUAAAAAAUAUAUAUAUAAAAAAAAACUAAUAACA